AUGGCCCUCUCCAACCCGGCCUUCAACGCCACCGUGGGCGUGAACAACAACAUCAACUUCCCCAUGAAGACCGCCAACACGACCAUCCUGCUGACCGACAUCCAGAUCACCCAGACCGUCAGCGCCAACCCGUACUCGUUCACGCCGUGGGUCAACAACGUGGUCUCGUCGGAGCGCAGCCUCGCGGUGGCCAAGCUGCGCAACGUGGCCGGCUACGACGUGGCGAUCAGCCAGGAGUCCAUCACCGCCGCGCUCAACGACCUCAUCGACAAGGGCGAGAACGACCUCAUCAACGCCCCGUCGGCCAACAGCUGGCCCGCGCUCUCCAUCAACUCCAUCAUCAUCCGCCAGACCUCCAUGACCGACUGCACCCGCGCCACCUCGCUCCUCGACUGGAUCUACUGGACCCAGAACUCCACUGAGGCGUUGAACCAGAUCGUGAUCUCGGGCAUGGGCGUGGUGGUCAAUUCGGACCUGAUCAAGCGGCAGAUGUACAAGUUCCUGGCGGGCGUGACGUGUCAGGGCGUGCACGUCAGCUCGCUCUACGGCUGCGUCACCGCCGACGGCCUCCUCUGCUCGGACCACGGCUCGUGCGUCAACAGCGCCUGCCGCUGCUUCGACGGCUACACGGGCUUGCUGUGCGAGAGCACCGUGUCGGACAGCUCGACCGACACCACGGCCAUCGCCAUCGGCGUCGCCGUUCCGGUGGCCGUGCUGGUCUUCCUCCUGCUGCUGGCCAUCAUCAUCGCGCUCCUCAUGAUGCUCGUCUUCAAGCGCAAGAAGCGGGACGACUGGGAGAUCGAGUACGACGAACUCGAAAUUGGUUCGAUGCUCGGCAGCGGCGGCUACGGCGAGGUCUACAAGGCCAUGUGGAAGGGCACCGAAGUGGCCGUCAAGAUGAUGCCGACCGACUCGGUGUCCAAGGAGAUGGCCAAGAACUUCCAGGACGAGGUGCGCGUGAUGACGGCGCUGCGGCACCCCAACGUGGUGCUCUUCAUGGCGGCCUGCACCCGGCCGCCCAAGAUGGCCAUCGUCAUGGAGUUCAUGGCCCUCGGCUCGCUCUUCGAUCUCCUGCACAACGAGCUUGUGCCGGACGUGCCCCACGUGCUCAAGGUCAAGAUGGUCUACCAGGCGGCCAAGGGCAUGCACUUCCUCCACUCGUCGGGCAUCGUGCACCGCGAUCUCAAGUCGCUCAACCUCCUGCUCGACGCCAAGUGGAACGUCAAGGUGUCCGACUUUGGUCUCACCAAGUUCAAGGCCGAGCUGAAUGCCAACGAGGCCAACGACGUGGCCACUAUCCAGUGGGCGGCGCCCGAGGUCCUCAACGAGACCCAGAGCGUAGACUACAUCUUGGCGGACGUGUACUCGUUCGGGGUAGUGGGUGCACCAGCCGUCGUCGGCGCCUGA